AUGUCACUGCAGAUGGUAACGGUCGGUAAUAAUAUAGCCUUAAUUCAACCAGGCUUCUCACUUAUGAAUUUUGAUGGGCAAGUUUUUUUCUUUGGUCAGAAAGGCUGGCCGAAGAGAUCCUGCCCCACUGGGGUUUUCCAUUUUGAUGUGAAGCAUAACCAUCUCAAACUGAAGCCUGCAAUUUUCUCUAAAGAUUCCUGCUACCUUCCUCCUCUUCGCUACCCAGCUACUUGCACGUUGAAAGGCAGCUUGGCGUCUGAGAAGUAUGAAUAUAUCAUCCAUGGAGGGAAAACACCAAACAAUGAGCUUUCAGAUAAGAUGUAUGUCAUGUCUAUUGUUUACAAGAACAACAAAAGAGUUACUUUCCGCUGCACGGAGAAAGACUUGGUAGGAGAUGUUCCUGAAGCCAGAUAUGGUCAUUCCAUUGAUGUGGUGUACAGUCGAGGGAAAAGUAUGGGAGUGCUCUUUGGAGGACGGUCGUACAUGCCUUCUACCCAAAGAACCACAGAAAAGUGGAAUAGUGUAGCAGAUUGCUUCCCCCAUGUUUUCUUGGUGGAUUUUGAAUUUGGAUGUGCUACAUCGCAUGUUCUUCCAGAACUUCAGGAUGGACUAUCUUUUCAUGUCUCUAUUGCCAAAAAUGAUACCGUUUAUAUUUUAGGAGGACAUUCACUUGCCAGUAACAUCCGCCCGGCCAACCUGUACAGAAUAAGGGUUGAUCUCCCCUUGGGAAGCCCAGCUGUGAAUUGCACAGUCUUGCCAGGGGGAGUCUCUGUCUCCAGUGCAAUCCUGACUCAAACUAACAGUGACGAAUUUGUUAUUGUUGGUGGCUAUCAGCUUGAAAAUCAAAAGAGAAUGGUCUGCAACAUUGUCUCUUUAGAAGAUAACAAGAUAAAAAUCUGUGAGAUGGAAACCCCAGAUUGGACCCCAGAUAUUAAGCACAGCAAGAUAUGGUUUGGAAAUAACAUGGGGAAUGGAACUGUUUUCCUUGGCAUACCAGGAGACAAUAAACAGGCUGUUUCUGAAGCAUUCUAUUUUUAUAUGUUGAAAUGCUCUGAAGAUGAUAUGAAUGAAGAUCAGAAAACAUUCACAAACAGUCAGACAUCAACAGAAGAUCCAGGAGACUCUACUCCCUUUGAAGAUUCAGAAGAAUUUUGUUUCAGUGCAGAAGCGAAUAGUUUUGAUGGUGAUGAUGAAUUUGACACCUAUAAUGAAGAUGAUGAAGAAGAUGAGUCUGUGACAGGCUACUGGAUAACAUGCUGCCCUACUUGUGGCGUGGAUAUCAACACUUGGGUACCAUUCUAUUCAACUGAGCUCAACAAACCUGCCAUGAUUUAUUGUUCUCAUGGAGAUGGCCACUGGGUUCAUGCCCAAUGCAUGGAUCUAGCAGAACGCACACUCAUCCAUUUGUCAGAAGGGAGCAACAAGUAUUACUGUAAUGAGCAUGUGGCGGUAGCAAGAGCACUGCAAACUCCAAAAAGAGUCUUACCCUUAAAAAAGCCUCCAAUGAAACCUGUCUGCAAAAAAGGCUCUGGGAAAGUCUUGACUCCUGCCAAAAAAUCUUUUCUUAGAAGACUAUUUGAUUAG